AUGGCCACGGCAUCGGAGGCGGAUGCAACGAUGCGGCAGGCCGUGGCCCGAUUCCGCGCGCGCAUGGGUGCCGCCAACCGACAGUUCAUCCAGCACCGCAUUGCUGAGGUCGAGGCCCGCGGGCUGGCGAAUGAGCAGGAGAAGAUCCAACGAAUGGCGGAGUGGCGCCAUUUCGGGGCGCUGGACACUGAUGACGAGCCCGGUGGCUGCAAUAAUCCCGCCGCGGAGUGGACGGCGAACCGAUUCCGGCGGACCCGGCGCCUGGCGGAGGUGCCCGCUCUGGCAGAGGACGCGCUCCCCCUCUUCGCCAUUGACGGAAUCUAUCCGGCGCGGCUGUGCACGGAUGAAGCGCGGCAGAUCUACCUGGACACCCUGCAGGAGGUGUUCCAGCGGCAGGCGGAGAGGUGGGCUGCCGCGGGGGGCGAGGACCCUCCCGGCUCGAUCCCGCGCUGCGACGAGCUGGGUCGGUUCCUGACGUACGCGCACGAGGUGGCGGAUCCGGACUUUCGCCGCUCCGGCGUGGCCCCCUUCGCGGCGGGGCUUUAUGUUAUGUCCGGGCUCGAAGAGGUCCUGGUGGAGGGGCUUGACUCGAGCGAGCAGCGCGAGCGGUACCAUGAGCGAGUGCGCCAGGAGUGCGCGCGGCUGCGGGAAAAUCUCGAAGACGACCAGGUAUCGCGACUGAUCAACAAGAUUUCAAUCAUUGCAGCCCCAGACUGCGAUAUGGAGGUCAAAGCGGGCCUCGUCACCGGCGAGGGCUAUGUGGGCCAUUACCCCCGGUGGUAUAGUGCCUAUCUGUACUGCCGUCAAUGUCUGGAUGAGGAUGAGGACGAGACCCAGGAUGAGGACGAUGACGCCCCGGAUGCCCGCAACAUCCAGGACUGGAGGUGGCGGGUGGUCUUCAUGGAGUUUGAGGGCAACUCCUACGAGGGUCAAGUCCUGUAUGGGCGCAAGCCGCGAUUUGACUCGAUCUCCGAGUUUCUGGAUUGGUACAGUAGCUGGCCGGACCACCUUGAUGCCCGGGCAUUACUCAGUCUCCGCCGUCACGCGCAUGGUUGUGAGACCGAUUGCGAAUCGGACUGUGAAGAUCACAUUAAGUACUGA